CCCGGCCGUCUGGGCGUGGCCGCUCCACGGGCCCGCCCAGCCGUCUGCGUCUCCGCGCGCCAAAGUCAAAGUGCGGGUCCCGCCUGCGCGAGUCUGACGCUGCAGCCCCGAGCUCCAGGUGCCGUCGCCGUUCUCCUGCAGGUCCCGCGCCCGAGCCGCCGCCAGCAGCCAUGGCCACCCCACCCAAGAGGUUCUGCCCUUCUCCUUCCACCAGCUCCGAGGGGACACGCAUCAAGAAGCUCUCCAUCGAGGGGAACAUCGCUGCUGGGAAGUCAACGUUUGUGAAUAUCCUGAAACAAGUCUGUGAGGAUUGGGAAGUGGUUCCUGAACCUGUUGCCAGGUGGUGCAAUGUUCAAAAUGCUCAAGAUGAAUUUGAGGAAUUGACAACGUCUCAGAAAAGUGGUGGGAAUGUUCUUCAAAUGAUGUACCAGAAACCCGAGCGAUGGUCUUUUACCUUCCAGUCAUACGCCUGCCUCAGUCGUAUCCGAGCUCAGCUUGCCUCUCUCAACGGCAAGCUCAAAGAUGCAGAGAAACCCGUAUUAUUUUUUGAACGAUCUGUGUACAGUGACAGGUAUAUUUUUGCAUCUAAUUUGUAUGAAUCUGACUGCAUGAAUGAGACAGAGUGGACAAUAUAUCAGGACUGGCAUGACUGGAUGAAUAGCCAGUUUGGCCAAAGCCUUGAACUGGAUGGAAUAAUUUAUCUUCGAGCUACUCCAGAGAAAUGCUUAAAUAGAAUCUAUUUACGGGGAAGAAAUGAAGAACAAGGCAUCCCUCUUGAAUAUUUAGAGAAACUGCACUAUAAACACGAGAGCUGGCUCCUUCAUCGAACACUGAAAACUGACUUUGAUUAUCUUCAAGAGGUGCCUAUCCUCACACUGGAUGUCAAUGAAGACUUUAAAGAUAAAGACAAGCAUGAAAGUCUGGUCGAAAAGGUCAAAGAAUUUUUGAGUACUUUGUGAUUGUACGGGACGACUACAGGCGACAGAAUGUCUCCAGACGUCAUUGUAGCUUGAUGUUCAAACGAAGGUCUUUACAGGAUUCAAGGUUUUAAACUUUUGGGUUUUUUAGGACAAAAUUUUCUUUAUGUAUGUAUAUUUUAUUUAAUAAUCAGAAUCAUCUGUGAAGCUUUAUGUCCCUCCUUUACUCCUUUACACCCUCCACUUCCACAGUUUAGAUCAGAGAUGUUUAUCUCACACCAGGAAGUCUGGAGGUAGAUGUUCCCAGAACCAGUAAGCUGAGUGGACAGCUGUUACAAAAGGCUCAGCCUUCUGCCUUCUUGGUUUAUCCUGAGCAGGUUGACAUGUUUUCAUUGUUACCGAGAUUUACUGGUGACCAGUUUACCUGGCCACUUUAUGCUCCAUAUAAAGGGAGUGUGUCUUAUGUAAGUUAGCGUACCUAUUACAAACUGAAAAGUGAAGUUGGGCAAUCCCUAGAAUAGGAUUUGUUGGAAGUGUUUUUUGUUUUUCUUGUUCCCUUCAGUGGUGCUGGACAUUGAACCCAGGGUCUCACUCAUGCUUGGGAAGCGUUCUACAGUGAACUGUCCCCAGGCCCCAAGUGUUAUUUUUAUCAAGUGCCUCUCCCUUCACCCACUUAAUGUCGAUGAUAAGACCCUGGUACAUCACCUCAUUGAUGUUUACUAAUGUGUCUGUGGUGCAUUUGUAGAGGAAGAGGGUCAACUCUGUCCCCAAUAUUGUAAUGGUGUAAUUACUUUGUAAAUCAUUUAAUCUUUACCUGGUUCUUCAUCUGUGAUGAGUACUCUCUUUUUUUUUUUUAACAAAUUUUGGAGAAUGGAAGAAAUCUUUCUGUAUUUAGGAGGUAGCUAAGACUUUUAUUACAUGAGUAUAAAGCUUCAUUGAAUUAGCUACUGCUUUUCUCGGACUACUACAAUUUAAAUUACGAUUUUUUUCUUUUUUCUUUUUUCUGGGUCAGGGUCUCUCCAGUUCUGGCUGUCCUGGAAUUCACUAUGGAGAUCAGACUGGCCAUGAACUCACAGAGAUCCACCCAUCUCUGCCUCCCUGCUCCCAGGGCUGGGACUAAAGGCAUGCAACACCAUACCAGGCUCUGACUUUUUGAAAUCAUUUGAGAUACAAGUAUGGUUUUUCCUCAGUUUUUUAAAAAAUUUUUAUGUAAAAUGUUGAUAGACCAUAAUGACCAGUUUUCCAUUGGCUCUGUGUUGAUAGUCUCUCUCUACCUUUAUACAUGGUGAGACAUUGAGCUAGACCGAGCCAAGAUGGAAUGUUUCUUAGGUAGUCUGUUAACUUCAUAUUUAAGUCACACAUUUCUGCUGUGAGAAUGUUGUGAUCACACUUUGUUUCACAGUUUGCUUUAUAGGAUUUUCCUUAAAUUUCUUGUACUCACAAAAAGUAUUGAUAAGACAAUUUUGCUUUAUAUAUAGUGUAUCAUGGAAAUGUUACAAUUUUUGUUGAACUAGGAAAUAACUUCAAAUUCCAGGAGGCUUAAGGCGCCAGUUUAAUGCACGUAUCUCUCAACCACUUUCAUGUUUAGCUAUAAAAGUCUGCUUGUAUUCAACUGAGGCCUGUAUGUAAUUAAAGAAGUAUUUUUAUUGUUUUCUCCAGUGUAGUUUUUUUUAAGUCAAGAUGUGCAUUUUUACUAGGUAAUUAGCCUUUCUAAUUCACAUUAGGAAAAUAGUUUCUUGAAAUGAAGAAUCACAUUUAUCUUGAAGCUACAAUUUUCCUUUCUAGUGUUACCUUUUAUGUUUGGUUUCUUUUCAAAGAUAAUAAUUUAGUGGGUUAACUGGUACAGUAACACUGAUCUUUGAAAAGGGAACUCAAUUUCAAAUCUGUAAUAACCAAAAAUAAAUUGUCUUGUGAUAUAUCAGACCUCUUUUUAUUUUUGUUUGAUAUAACUAAAUUUGCCAAUGUAAAUGUUUGUCAAUAAAUAAAUUGAAACCUUUUAAACUAUA